AUGAAGUCUGGAUUCCUAAUAUCGGAUGACCCAGCGGUCUCCAAACUUUCUGUAACAAAAUCAGGAAAUGAUGCAACACUUGGGAAAAGAAAGUAUCGGUUUGAGGAUUUUGAAUUGGAACGCAAUAUUGGGUGCGGAAACUUUUCCCAGAUAUGGCACGUAACUCUAAAAGCGCGCCCUCAGGAAUCCUAUGCGCUUAAGAUUGUGAACGUGCAAGAAAGAAAUGCCAUGCUUUUGCUCAAUAGCCCAGGACAUCCAAACGUUAUUCGUAUGAUUGACACUUUCAGAGAUAACGAUAAUGUAUAUUUGUUGUACGAAUACGCUAAAGGAGGGGAGUUGUGGGAAGAAAUCAAGAAUGUUGGUGUCCAAGAUAAAUACGUUUCUCGUGUCAUGGUAGGACAGCUAUUGAAUGGCAUAGAGUACAUCCACAAUCGUGGCAUUGUUCAUCGCGACUUGAAAUGUGAAAAUGUCGUAAUAGAUGGCGGGGUUCUAAAAAUUAUUGACUUUGGUACGUCGAAGUUUGUAGAGCAGCGGGAUGUAAUGGAGCAAAAUGACGAGGCCUAUAACGAAUGUAGGGAUGCCACAUCAAGAAGUAUUAUAGAAAAAAAUGAAAUGCGCGGGAAUAAUGGGUCCAUCUCAUUGCACAGAGGUGCCAUGAUGAGAAAAAAAUUUAAGCACUACGUGGGAACGCCAAAUUUCAUGCCCCCGGAAGCAAUAUCUAAUAUCUCAUCAGAUUAUGCAGGCGAUUUAUGGUCAUUUGGUUGUACCAUAUAUCAGUUGUUGCUUGGAUUUAAUUGCUUCACUGGUUCGUCGAACUAUUUCAUCUACAAGAGGAUCAAAAUUAACCAAAUAGGAUUCCCUGCUAAUUUCGAUCCAGAUGCCAUGGACCUUAUCAAACAACUACUACGUACCAAUCCGCAGGAACGCUUAAGCUUGGCAAAGGUUAGGGAACAUAAAUUCUUCACGGCGAUACGUGACUUAGUACCCCCUGUUGUCUCCUUGGAAACACUCAAAACGGUGGACACAGAGUUGCGGCGCGCAUGUAACGAAGCACAAGAGUUAAUAUAUAAUUUAACUGUGAAACGUGAGAAUGCGACAGAAGUUGACCAUAAGGAAAUCAAAGACGCCAUAAGUUGUAUAGAACAACACGAUGUGCCAGGAAUAUCGGAUGCUAUCAAUUUUAAUUACGUACGUACACAGGAGCAACUGGCGUUGGAAAUUGAUGAAGCUAACCUCUACAUGGCAGAACGAUUACCAAAUGAUCGCUAA